UCGGCUAGGCGUCAAAGUGAUGAGAGGUGUAUCUCCCCAUUGUUCUUUCUCACGAAUGUCAAUCAAGUCGACUUUGAGAUCUAUGGGUGCUUCGUGAACGGUGGAAGUGGGAUUCGGAACUGAUGUCGUCGAGUUGAGUGCACCCUGUAGUAGCCCUCGACGAGCAGCCUUGUAGUCAUUAACAGACAUGUUUCAGUUGUACUAAAUUUGAUGAAGGCGACGAUGGAUGUGAAUUUUAGGUAGCAAGCACAGCUGGAACUAUGAUCUGACACGGCAGGAUGACUAGAUGUCAACUUAUCUCUAAGAGCCUUCUUGAACUUUCCCCUUAGAUCGGGUAACGAAUGCUCAUUCCUGCCACAGCUGACAUGAUGGAUGGGGCUAAACAAGCUGGCAGGCAAGAGGACGUGGGAAUCGUACUUCGACAAGGCUAUGGCUGCCCAACUCUUUCUUUUACUUACGUCGGCUGCAUAUCUCACAUGGACUUGGGCUAGUCUCGCAGACAUUAUGGGAGGACUUCAAGGCUUUCUGUAGGGUGUUUUUCUCGGCUGAAUGCAGGUUGCUUUUGAAAAACAUUCCACCUUCCUAUUCCACAUUUAGGUCUCUUGCUCACAGCCUUACUGUUGCCUAGGAUCGUGGCUUGGGGCUGAGCAUCCCGUCUUGAUGACUUGAUGGCUCUCCUUCAACUCCUCAGCCUGAUCUGUACAAGGCUUUGGGGAACUACUUCUACCCAACAUGAAGAUACUGGAACUUGCAACAUAUCAAGUUCAUAAAGCUGCAGAACAAGAUGAGUGAGAAACAGUUUUCCUCAUCCGAGGAGUGUCCUGACCCAUCACCAGGACUUGGUUACCGAUUACCCCACAAAAGUUCCAAGCGAGGGACCCUUUCUCGAAGUGAUCACAUUUAUGAUUUCAAAGAGGAAGACAUUUUGAAACGUGCCACUGAGCAUGAAAAAUACAACAAAGGUGGAAUCAGUCUCACUGGGUUGCCGAAGUUUGACGACCUGAGGAACUAUGGAAUAUCUACCGCUACCGAAAACCAUCUCUGGCAAUUGGAGAUCAGGCGUUUGAAAGCAGAUGCAGCAUCUGAAGAUCCUCUGAUAUUUGACAGCAAAGGAAUCCUGGACCGAACUGACUCGACAACCUUCGAGCAUCUGUCGCAUCUUGCCGACCAGAUCAUCUGUAACUUUUCGGUGAUCGAUCAUGACAAUACACUUCAUGUAUUGGAACACUGUCGGUGGAUUGCUACCCUAUCUGCCGCUGUUCGUAACUUCAAGGAUGCAAGGACGCGACUUACGACUCGCUUCGAACAGGAUGAGGAUAAAGUCAAGGCACGACGUCCUAAGACACUCGAUCCGCCUGAAGCAAACCAAAUGGUAUAUUUCGCUCUUGUCGACUACAUUACAAGCAACGUUGCAACACUUGUAGUACGCUCUGCGACAAGUGAUUACUGGAAUAACCACUCUCUGGCGAUCCUGGCCAAAUGGGCAGCGAAACUUAAAAUACUGUCCUACAAUCCAUCGCAAUAUGCAUCACUGUCCUUAGAUGCUGCCGAGGACCUUUUGGCUCGAAUGACCGACAGCGAUGCGAAAGAGAAUAUCCGAGUUCUGAAGAUUCGUGCUACUGAUGCCGGCUCUGAGAGUAGAGAUGAGAUGGAUAUAGACUCGCAGGCAGAAGCAGACAUAACAGGAUACUAUUUCCAGGAUCACUAUUCGCUAAGAGUCCGGCUGGCAAACUUGUUUCGAUAUGCCGUGUUCGCUUUGUACGCAUCGGAAAAAACUGGAAACCCGCCGAACUGCUUCGAGUUAUGCACACUUGUCUAUGAGACAGGUCUCGAGCGAAGCUUGACUGUAAUUUCGAACGACCGUCGUGGAGAUGUUGCAGCAACUUCGGACUUUACUCAUGUCAAUUGUAGCUUUACCGCCUUCCAAAAUCUGAUGAAGAACGUGGAGUAUCUAGGGUCCAAGGCCCAAUCACCUCGCAGUGCUGGCGAUCUAACUACAAUCCAAUGGCAAUGGUCAGAAGGGAGCGAAGGUUCAGUUCCCAAAGCUGGCAGAUUUCUUACGGGACGAUUCGACAACAUUGUAUCCAUCAUGGUCCCUUUCGCCCUCACUGACAGCCAUACCGGAAUCGAGAUGGGCGUCAUGUUAGAUUACGCAACAGGGAACAGCGAGGAUGAAGAUCCUGUCAUUCAAUUCGAGCGGAGGCAUUUUACUGCAAAGUUUGUCGUCACUACAGCUGCAUGGGACGACAAACAGCACAAAAUGAAAUCAGCCGACACAGCUCAUGGACCAGAUCCGGACGUUGCGCCCAUUUCUCGCAGUCCACUGAAUAGAACCAUCCGAGCUGGAACAAAUCUUACUAGAAUUCUCGAGUCCCAAUCGCGUCAAGGACAACUUGACCUUCCUCGAGUCAACAGCAUAAAAACCAAAUCGGAUGCAGAAAAAUACAAACUGGUCGAGCGCCGCAUGAAAGCAUGGAUCAUCGCGGAAACAACGGUUACAUUAAAAUGUUACCGCUAUGUGUACACGAUACUAGCUCUAUGCGGGUCAUUAGUCUGUGGUGCCAUGGCUGUUCCGUUCUCCCUUAGAGACCGACUGGCUGGAGUGGAUCCGUUUAACAUCACAACCUUUGCUUGGCUUCUAGCCGGUUUUAUCCUCGUAAUUGCAAAGUCGCGGUACGUUUGUGAAUGGCCGUGGCAUGACUUUUUUCGGGGUCAAGUGGUUUGCGAAUCAAUCAAGGAAAUCGCCGAGGUGACGGGUAUCGAUGAUCAGAUGAUCUUGACCAAUCUGCUCCAUAAUGAAAGAAAUACUACGCUCAUAACCAAAGGACCCUACAAUGGCAUGUUCGACAGGCGAGCCGAGUCAGGGAGUGAAGGCUUCAGCAUCGAUGUCCCUAUUCAGUUAUCGACAAUGAUUGCCAGUGGAUUCGUCAUUCUGAAAGUACUCUCUGUUAAAGGUGAGAGGUUGAUCUGCUUGGAUGUUCGGAAGGAUCAGAAUGGGGGAUCGGGGCAGCGAUGAAGCAUCAUCAUGUCGAGUAUUUAACAUGCACGGAUCUUGAAGAAGAGGAUGAGAUUCGAGCAGAGUCCUCGGAGGAUAUGAGCAGUACAACUGGAAAGAAGAUACUGAGGUUAACAAGGCUCCAUUUCAUGUGGACUCGAGUGCUUGGAGUUUAUGUCAGAGACUCGUAUUUUGGCUAGCUAUUGUUGUAUUCGAUCUAUCUUACCUGAUCUCAUAAACAUCAAAUUAUUCUUCGUCACCUUGAGCCAUUUCUAUGCGUGAUCGUUAACGUGCGAGCAAGUGGUAUCAACUCUCUUAAAUAUAGGCAAAGACAAAGCAUGGUAUGUCCCAGUUUGGCGGUUGCCAUAAUUUCAUCUUACAGGCAAACGUCGUU